UGGCAGCAGUGUCACGUUUACUGGAGAAGAAGUUCCAGACUGUUCCUUUGCCGGAACGUGGCUCUCUUCCUGAAACGCAUACAGUGUCUUCGAGUGCAUAUCGUGGAUUGGGCGAGCGUAGGAUGAGAUGAUACGCUACGGUACUACCAUCCAUGCACAUGAACGGUAUAACGAUGUUGUGCAGCUGUACGAUGCCCUGAAACAUUCAUUACCUAAGCAUCAACGCCAUUUCAUCCCUCCCUCCAAAAAGUCACCCUUCUCGCACGACCAGCUUUACUCGAUCGGCGCCAGAGGCAACUGCAGUAUUGGCUCGGCGCGGUCCUCCUGCACCCUGAGAUUGGUGCAUGUCGGACUGUAAGGUGGUGGGGUAUGGAUCAGGCAAGGAUUAGGCGUCUGAUCAUGCGUGAUGUUUGGUCCAUGGUCAGUGCCAUGAGGUGAGCUGCCACGUUGCGAAUCAUAUUUUUUUCUUUAUUGCACUU